AUGGUAAAGCCGACAGAUAUAUGGCUCUGCGGUUACAUGAAGUCAGGCAACACUUGGCUCUCGGAAAUCGUGUCCUUAAUAAUGGCCGACGGAGUGGUCGACAGAGUCCGGGAGCGACCCAUCACUGAGAGGGUGCCCAACAUUUUCAUCGUAGACAACGAUCGAUGCAAUAGUGUUUGGUUUGAAGGGUUAAUUGAUCCCAGAAUUACUGUCAAUCAUUUGGAGCUCAAAUAUUUACCACGUUUUGAGGGCAAAGAGGGAAAGAUGAUAUACAUCGUGCGUAACCCAAAGGACGUGUGCGUCUCGUUAUACCGCUUCCAACACAUGACGAAAAGCCGAGCCAUAGAUUGGGAUGAAAUGUAUGGAUUCUUUCUCGACGGACACCUAAUAAUCGGCGAUUGGUUGUCACACGUGACCGACUUUUGGCUCGCGUACGGCACUGGGAAUCACCCGAGCUUUACGGCCGAAACGGUGGCCAACAUUACGACCCACUGUUCGCUGCGGACUAUGCGCGACAAUCCGAUGGCCAAUCAGUCCGAUCUGAUGACACGUGUGGGUAAACCCGGCGCACAAUUCGUCCGGAAAGGCAUAAUUGGCGACUGGAGGCGACACAUGACGGACACGCAGUCGGCACUGUUUGAUGAGCGCUUUGGGCAACAGUUGCGGGCGAUUGGGCUCCCGGUGUGCGACGAGUUGGCCGACGCCCAGCGCUGUAUGCGAGACACCGGGCGUAUCAUUGUUUAG